UUGAUGAAGAUAUUGAACAAGACCCAGCACCAACCCCUGAGGAACACCACUGGUUACAGGCCUCCAGCCAGACUCUGCACCACCAACGACGACCCUCUGCGCUCUGCCAGUCAGCCAGUUCUCAACCCACCUCACUGUCCACUCAUCUAUCCCACACUUCCUCAACUUUGUUGUAAGGAUGUCAUGGGGGACAGUAUCAAAUGCCUUGCUGAAAUCAAGGUAGACUACAUCCACUGCUCUCCCCCCAUCCACCCAGCCAGAGACAUCAUAGAAGACUACCAGUUGUCUGGAGAUGGCAUCCAGCAGAGCUGUUCCAUCACCUCUCCAGGGACAGAGUGACAUUCUCCAAAAGGAGAUUUUUGGGAUUGAGGCAGUUGAAGAAAGAGUGAAGCCAGGGGGCAGUCCCUGUGGAGAGGACCUCAGGAACUGAGCUUCUCCACCACUGUCUCAGCAAGGAGACAGACGCAGUUCCCAUUCCUGCUCUGCAUGUGGAAAGGUGUAUUGGUUUAACCCCUGAACUGAUGUCUGUGAGCACCUGUCUUUUCCACCUGAACUCCGCGGACUCCUCCACGGGCGCCAGCUGAGGAAGUGCAUCUCUGCUGGAGGUCGCAGCAUGCCCAGUAGCUACCCUUUCCUCCUCCCAGGCACAGAUGCCGCGGACUCCUCCACGGGCGCCAGCUGAGGAAGUGCAUCUCUGCUGGAGGUCGCAGCAUGCCCAGUAGCUACCCUUUCCUCCUCCCAGGCACGGAUGCCUCUGUCCUUGUUGUGGACUGGAGGCUUUUCCUCGGGUGCCUGGCAGCAUCCAUGCCCGGUAGCUACCCUGACCUCCUCCUCGGCAUGACCGCGAGCGCUUUCCCUUCCUCCAGAGAGAUGUUUUGUCCUGCUUGCAGCCGCGGACUCCUCCACGGGCGCCAGCUGAGGAAGUGCAUCUCUGCUGGAGGUCGCAGCAUGCCCAGUAGCUACCCUUUCCUCCUCCCAGGCACGGAUGCCUUCUGGAUUGUUCAUUCCUACAUCCUGGCUGUCCUAGCCUCUGUCCUUGUUGUGGACUGGAGGCUUUUCCUCGGGUGCCUGGCAGCAUCCAUGCCCGGUAGCUACCCUGACCUCCUCCUCGGCAUGACCGCGAGCGCUUUCCCUUCCUCCAGAGAGAUGUUUUGUCCUGCUUGCAGCCGCGGACUCCUCCACGGGCGCCAGCUGAGGAAGUGCAUCUCUGCUGGAGGUCGCAGCAUGCCCAGUAGCUACCCUUUCCUCCUCCCAGGCACGGAUGCCUUCUGGAUUGUUCAUUCCUACAUCCUGGCUGUCCUAGCCUCUGUCCUUGUUGUGGACUGGAGGCUUUUCCUCGGGUGCCUGGCAGCAUCCAUGCCCGGUAGCUACCCUGACCUCCUCCUCGGCAUGACCGCGAGCGCUUUCCCUUCCUCCAGAGAGAUGUUUUGUCCUGCUUGCAGCCGCGGACUCCUCCACGGGCGCCAGCUGAGGAAGUGCAUCUCUGCUGGAGGUCGCAGCAUGCCCAGUAGCUACCCUUUCCUCCUCCCAGGCACGGAUGCCUCUGUCCUUGUUGUGGACUGGAGGCUUUUCCUCGGGUGCCUGGCAGCAUCCAUGCCCGGUAGCUACCCUGACCUCCUCCUCGGCAUGACCGCGAGCGCUUUCCCUUCCUCCAGAGAGAUGUUUUGUCCUGCUUGCAGCCGCGGACUCCUCCACGGGCGCCAGCUGAGGAAGUGCAUCUCUGCUGGAGGUCGCAGCAUGCCCAGUAGCUACCCUUUCCUCCUCCCAGGCACGGAUGCCUCUGUCCUUGUUGUGGACUGGAGGCUUUUCCUCGGGUGCCUGGCAGCAUCCAUGCCCGGUAGCUACCCUGACCUCCUCCUCGGCAUGACCGCGAGCGCUUUCCCUUCCUCCAGAGAGAUGUUUUGUCCUGCUUGCAGCCGCGGACUCCUCCACGGGCGCCAGCUGAGGAAGUGCAUCUCUGCUGGAGGUCGCAGCAUGCCCAGUAGCUACCCUUUCCUCCUCCCAGGCACGGAUGGUGAGCUUUUGGCUGCACGGCAGGCUCUUGUCACCUUUGCUUUGCCGUCUCAUUGAAUCCCAUUUCUUUGUUCUGUUGGUUGUUUCUGUUUCUUUCUGUGUAUUGUCUCUUUUUCCACUGGGUCCCAUUGGUUUGCUUUCCUUUGUUCACUUGGUUUUGCUUUCUCUACUGCUCCUUUGGCUUUGCUCUCCAUUGUUAAUUUCAUGUUUGUUUGGUUUUUUUGGUUUGCUUUCCUUUUUGUUGUUCAUUCUGUUCCACUGGGUCCCAUUGGUUUGCUUUCCUUUGUUCACUUGGUUUUGCUUUCUCUACUGCUCCUUUGGCUUUGCUCUCCAUUGUUAAU